AUGAGCUCUGAAUGCGAUGUUGGUGCUUCCAAAGCUGUGGUGAAUGGUUUGGUACCGGGCAGCAAUGGGCAAGACAGAGCAACUGCCGACCCUAUACGUGCACGCUCUAUUUCUGCUGUUAAAAUAAUCCCUGUGAAGACAGUGAAAAAUUCUUCAGGCCUAGUACUCCCUCCAGACACGGAUCCUACAAAAAUCUGCACUGGGAAGGGAGCGGUGACUCUCCGGGCCUCGUCCUCCUACAGGGAGAUCCCAAGCGGUAGCCCUGUGAGCCCUCGGGAAACCCCGCAAGAGGAAAGGAAACCAGUUCUGGAGUCAGAGAAUUCCUCAGCAGAUGAGUGGAGGCUUCCUUCCAAUGCUGAUGCCAAUGGAAAUGCCCAGCCCUCUCCACUCGUUGCCAAGGGCUACCGAAGUGUGCAUCCCAACCUUCCUUCGGACAAGCCUCAGGAUGCCACUUCCUCCAGCCCAGCCCAGCCUGAGGUAAUAGUUGUCCCUCUCUACCUGGUUAACACUGACAGAGGGCACGAAGGCACUGACAGACCUCCAGCAUCUCUGGGGCCCCACGGCCCCCCGGUCCCGGCGGCCGUCCCUGCCGGCUCACCUCUGACCUUGCCGACUCUAGACGAUUUCAUUCCCCCUCAUCUGCAGAGGCGGUCUCACCACAGCCAGCCAGCCAGCACUCCUGGCUCCCUCCCCCCCGUUAGCCAGACACCGCCAUCCUUCUCACCACCGCCUCCGCUGGUCCCUCCGGUCCCCGAGGGCCUCCGCAGAAUCUCGGAGCCUGGCCUCACGGGAGCUGUUUCGAGUACCGACUCAAGUCCUCUACUAAAUGAAGUUUCUUCAUCGCGCGUUGGAACUGAUUCCCAGACCUUUGCACCAGUUAGCAAGCCAUCAUCUGCCUACCCCUCCACGACAAUUGUCAAUCCUACUAUUGUACUCUUGCAACAUAAUCGAGAACAGCAGAAACGAAUCAGUAGCCUUUCAGAUCCUGUCUCGGAAAGAAGAGUGGGAGAGCAGGACUCAGCACCAACUCAGGAAAAACCCACCUCUGCUGGCAGGGCUGCUGAAAAGAGGGUGAAGGAUGACAGCAGGCGGGCGGCAAAGAGCACUGAGGACCUAAGCGAUGUUUCCAUGGAUGACGUGGGCAUCCCACUCCGGAACACCGAGAGAUCGAAAGACUGGUACAAGACCAUGUUUAAGCAGAUCCACAAACUAAACAGAGACACUCCUGAAGAAAACCCUUAUUUCCCUACGUACAAAUUCCCUGAACUUCCUGAAAUCCAGCAAAAUUCUGAAGAGGACAAUCCUUACACUCCUACCUACCAGUUUCCUGCAUCUACUCCUAGUCCUAAAUCUGAAGAUGAUGAUUCAGAUCUGUACUCUCCUCGAUAUUCCUUUUCUGAAGACACAAAAUCUCCCCUUUCUGUGCCACGCUCAAAAAGUGAGAUGAACUACAUUGAUGGUGAGAAGGUAGUUAAGAGGUCGGCCACACUUCCCCUCCCGACCCCGACCCGCUCUUCCUCGCUAAAAUCAAGCCCAGAAAGAAACGACUGGGAGCCCCCAGAUAAGAAAGCGGAUACAAGAAAAUACCGUGCAGAACCGAAAAGCAUUUACGAGUAUCAGCCGGGCAAGUCCUCCGUUCUGACCAACGAAAAGAUGAGUCGGGAUAUAAGCCCAGAAGAGAUAGAUUUAAAGAAUGAACCUUGGUAUAAAUUCUUUUCGGAAUUGGAGUUUGGGAAACCGCCUCCCAAAAAGAUAUGGGAUUAUACUCCUGGAGACUGCUCUAUCCUUCCUAGAGAGGAUAGAAAGACUAAUCUAGAAAAAGAUCUCAACCUCUGCCAAACAGAGUUAGAGGCAGAUUUAGAAAAAACGGAGACGCUUAAUAAAGCACCCAGUGCAAACCUGUCACAGAGCUCAGCAGUCAGCCCCACUCCGGAAAUUUCUUCAGAGCCUCCUGGAUAUGUAUAUUCUUCCAACUUCCACGCGGUGAAGAGGGAAUCAGAUGGGGCUCCCGGGGAUCUUACCAGCUUGGAGAAUGAGAGGCAGAUUUAUAAAAGCGUCUUGGAAGGAGGAGAUAUCCCUCUCCAGGGCCUGAGUGGGCUCAAGAGGCCAUCCAGCUCGGCCUCAACUAAAGAUUCAGAAUCACCAAGGCAUUUUAUACCAGCUGAUUACUUGGAAUCCACAGAAGAAUUUAUUCGAAGACGUCAUGAUGAUAAAGAGAAACUUUUAGCGGACCAGAGACGACUUAAGCGUGAGCAAGAAGAAGCCGAUAUUGCAGCUCGACGCCACACGGGCGUCAUUCCGACGCACCAUCAAUUUAUCACUAAUGAGCGCUUUGGGGACCUCCUCAAUAUAGACGAUACAGCAAAAAGGAAAUCUGGGUCAGAGAUGAGACCUGCCAGAGCCAAGUUUGACUUUAAAGCUCAGACACUAAAGGAGCUUCCUCUGCAGAAGGGAGACGUCGUGUACAUUUAUAAGCAGAUCGAUCAGAACUGGUAUGAAGGAGAGCACCACGGCCGGGUGGGAAUCUUCCCCUGCACCUACAUUGAGCUUCUUCCUCCUGCUGAGAAGGCUCAGCCCAAAAAGCUGGCACCAGUGCAGGUUCUGGAACACGGCGAAGCUAUCGCCAAGUUUAACUUUAAUGGUGAUACGCAAGUAGAGAUGUCCUUCAGAAAGGGCGAGAGGAUCAUGCUGCUUCGACAGGUGGACGAGAACUGGUACGAAGGGAGGAUCCCAGGGACGUCCCGGCAAGGCAUCUUCCCCAUCACCUAUGUGGACGUGAUCAAACGGCCGUUGGUGAAAAACCCCGUGGAUUACAUCGACCUGCCUUUCUCCUCCUCCCCAAGUCGUAGUGCCACUGCAAGCCCUCAGUUUCCCGGUCACAGCAAGCUCAUCACGCCAGCCCCCUCAUCUCUGCCCCACGCCCACCGAGCCCUGUCCCCUGAGAUGCACGCUGUCACCUCUGAGUGGAUCUCGCUGACCGUAGGAGUCCCGAGCAGGCGGCCUCUGGCCCUGACCCCACCCUUGCCUCCUCUGCCAGAGGCUUCUGUCUAUAGCCCUGAACCCCUGGCCUUGUGGGCGAGGCCCAGCUCCUCCCUUAUCCUCAGCCUCCCCCGUUCAGGCUGGUCGGCCCGGGCCACCCCACGCUCAGCAGUCUCCCCACUGGCCCUGCCUCCCCCGCAGAAAGCCUGCUCCCUGGCGCCCGGUUCCCAGACCUCUCUCCACGCCAGCGGAGAUGGUGGUACCCACGUGCCACCUCCAGGGGUCCUCAAGGAUAGCUUCUCCCAGCUGAGGCUUGGGCAUUCGGACAGGGUCAUCUCGGAGCUUAGCGACGCCUUUAGCAGCCAGGGUGAGCGGCAGCCGUGGCGAGAAGGAAGUGGAGCACGUGAGAGGAAAGCAGACAGGGAGGCAGGUGAGAGAUGCCUGGGUGGACCCGCCAUCUCUAAGAAGAGCUGCCUGAGACCGUCAGACGUGGUCAGGUGUCUGAGCACCGAACAGAGACCCACAGAGCUCCACACCUCAGAGGAGAGCCGGCCCCGCAAGCCCCGGGGUAGCCCUUUCCCGGGAAGGGAGGCUGAGCCCUCAGAGCUGCAGAGAGGUGGCGAGCCGGCCGAGAGGAAGGCCGCUCGGACUGCUGCGAGCGAGCAACCUCAAGCCCAGCAGCGAAGAGUCACCCCAGACAGGAGUCAAACCUCCCAGCAUUUAUUUAGCUACCAAGCAUUGUACAGCUAUAUACCACAGAAUGAUGAUGAAUUGGAACUCCGAGAUGGAGAUAUUGUUGAUGUCAUGGAAAAGUGUGACGAUGGAUGGUUUGUUGGUACUUCAAGAAGGACAAGGCAGUUUGGUACUUUCCCAGGCAACUACGUAAAGCCUUUGUAUCUAUAA